AUGUCAGGAGACUACCCACAAGAAAAGUUUGUUAACGCAUCACUCGAGCCGGGCUCGUUUUGGGAGCAAUGGCAGAGCGUAGCUCGCAAAGUCACCAUCCCAGUCCAGCUCGAUCUUCUGCAAAAGACGGGCAGAUACGAGGCAUUCAACCUCAAGCACAUCCCCUACUACGACAUGCCACCUGCCAUCUGGCCGGUCCCCGAUCACCUCUUCUGGGAAUCCGACGUGGCCAAAUGGAUCGAAGGCGCUUGCUAUCACCUCCAAGCGCACCCGGAUCAGGAGAUACAAGCUCAUGUCGAAUACCUUGUCACGCUCAUCGAAAAGGCACAGCAGCCGGAUGGGUAUCUCAACAUCCACUUUGUCGUCAAUGAACCAGAGAAGCGAUGGACCAACCUUCGAGAUUUGCACGAGCUUUACAACUUUGGCCACCUCAUUGAAGCAGCUCUGGCAUAUCAUGCGCAGACGGGAUCGGACAGGCUCAUUACGGUUAUGCUUCGCUUCGUCGACUACUGCUGUACUGUAUUUGGCCUGGAGCAAGGCAAGCUUGCUGGCUACCCCGGUCAUCCCGAAAUCGAGUUGGCACUGUUGCGCCUGCACAGGCGGACAGGCCAAGAAGCUUGCUUGAAGCUUGCCACCUUCUUUCUGAACGAACGCGGCAAAGAUGGUGGGCAGUUCUACAAAGACGAGCAAGCGCGCCGAAAGGAGCAUCCGCACACGAUCCCUGGUAUGAUGCCCAAGCCGUACAGCUUCUGGUACAUGCAAGCCCACAAGCCAAUCGCCGAGCAAGACACGAUCGAAGGCCAUUCCGUCCGUGCAAUGUACCUGCUCACCGCAGUUCAAGACCUUGUUGUAUCGCCUGCUGCCGGCAAGUUCACCUCGCAAGAGCAAGUCGACGGGCUUUCGAAGGCAGCACGCCGGUUGUGGGACAGUAUGGUGCGAACAAAAAUGUACGUCACCGGUGGAAUUGGCAGCAUCAAACAGUGGGAAGGCUUCGACCUCCCCCACUCUCUUCCCAUCAGCACCGAUGAAGGCGGCUGUUACACCGAGACCUGUGCGGGCAUUGGCUUGCUCAUGUUUGCCGAUCGUCUCCUGCACCAAAAGCUGGACGGUGGUGUCGCAGACGUAGCAGAACGGGUCUUGUUCAACUCGAGCGUCACUUCUGGUAUGUCGGUGGAUGGUAGGUCCUUCACCUACGUCAAUCAGCUUGCAAGCUCACACCAAGAGCCUUGUGAGCGCUUUGAUUGGUUCGAAUGCGCGUGCUGCCCUCCGAACGUGAUGCGCACCUUGGGUUGUUUGCAAGGAUACUUCUUCGGAGGCAUUGCUGGCAAGCCCUCGGACCUUGGUGUUCACCAAAUCUUUGCUGGUCACAUCAAUUAUCUCGGUCACGAGGUCAAGAUUGAGACCAAGUAUCCUCUGGACGGCUCGGUCACGGUGCAUGCGGCCAAGAUUACUCCGUCCGGCACAAUCUGGCUCCACAUUCCAGGCUGGGCACAGUCGGACUUCACCUUCUCCGAGCCACAAGUCAAGCUCGUUGAUGGUUACCUGCCCAUUACGAGCACCGGAAGCUAUCACCUGCAAUUGCAGCUCAAGCCACGCUUCCUCUACUCGCACCCAGAUGUUGGGCCUGCGCGCGUCACUCUCGCCUAUGGACCUUUGAUCUACUGUAUCGAAGAUAUUGACAAUGCCUGGGUCAACGAGCUUCCGGAGAACGAGCAGCAUUUCAAGCAUCUCUGCUUGAAGCCACCAACCGACGAUUCCAGCGUGCAAGUAUCCGCACCCGAUCAAGAUGGCAUCAUCAAGUUGACGUUGCUCAAUGCCGGCUACACGCUCAAAGUCGACGACGCAGUCGGUUUCGCAGCUGCCUUUGAGAAAGAUAAUCUGCCGGGUUACUAUGAGCAAUCAGGUCGAGGACGUGACUUGACCUUUAUACCCUACUACGCUCGAUGCAAUAGGCCGGGUACAAAAGGUAGAAUGCGUGCCUCGCUUCGACUCAAGGCGUGA